AUGGUCUCUACGCACAAGAAGGAAAAACCUUGGGACACCCCAGAUAUUGACAAGUGGAAGAUUGAUGAGUUCAAGCCAGAAGAUAACGCAAGUGGUUCUUCAUUUCUUGAAGAAUCAUCUUUUGUGACGCUUUUCCCAAAAUACAGAGAAGAAUAUCUUAAGCAGGUUUGGACGGAAGUGGUGAAGGCGCUCAAGAAGCACUGUAUAGAUGCAACUUUGAAUUUGGUUGAGGGUUCGAUGACUGUGAAGACAACGAGAAAAACUUUCGACCCGGUACAGAUUUUGAAUGCAAGAGAUCUAAUUAAGCUGUUGGCAAGAUCCGUUCCAUUUCCUCAAGCAGUCAAAAUUCUUCAAGAUGACAUAGCCUGUGAAGUUAUCAAGAUUGAUGGUUACACUAGAAAUAAAGAAAGAUUUGUGAAAAGAAGACAGAGGUUGAUUGGUCCAAACGGUAACACUUUGAAGGCUUUAGAAUUGUUGACCGACUGUUACAUCUUAGUGCAGGGUAACACUGUUUCCAUUAUGGGGCCGCAUCAGGGCUUGAAAACUCUGAGAAAGGUAGUUGAAGAUUGCAUGAAAAACAUUCAUCCUAUUUACAACAUCAAAGAGUUGAUGAUCAAAAAGGAAUUAGCAAAAAGACCAGAGUUGGCAAAUGAGAGCUGGGAUAGAUUUUUACCACAAUUCAAAAAGAAGACUGUUGCUCGUAAGAAGCCUAAGCAAGUCAAGGAUGCUGAAGCAAAGGGCAAGAAGGAUAAGGUUUACACGCCAUUUCCACCUCAACAAAUGCCUCGUAAGGUGGAUCUUCAAAUUGAAUCUGGUGAGUUCUUUUUGAGUAAGAAAGAAAAGAGGGUGAAGGAGUUGCAAGAGAAGAAAAAGAAACAAGAAGACAUGAAAGAAGCCAGACAGGAAGAAAAAUCCAAGGAUUAUGUUGCUCCUGAUGAAGAUGUAAGAGAAAACCCUCUCUUGAAAAAGCAAAAGAAGAGAAAGCAUAGCGAAGACGAGGAGGAUGAAGAAGCUGGCGAUGAAAAGAAGGUAAAAAAGGAAAAGAAGGAGAAGAAGGAAAAGAAAGAAAAGAAGCAUAAAAAAGACAAGAAGUCAUCUCAUAAUGAGGAAUGA